CGGCGGCUCCGAGCGCUCCGGCCGGCCCGGCCCCGCGGACCCCUCGGCCUGCGCGAGCCGCCCGAUUCUCGCGCCGGCACGUGCGCCGCCGCCGACGGCCCGGAGCAUGCCCGCCGCCGUCCGGACGCUCGCGCGGGGCCAGCUGGCGGCGGGGGCGCGCGGGGCCACGGGGUGCAGCCGGCCGGGCCGGGGCCGUGGGGCCCGCGCUGCCCGGGACGCGGCGUGAGGCGGCGGCCGAGGAGCCCGGAGCGCGGCCGGCUGAGCGGGAUGCUGGCACAUGUGUCCUGGUCCCUGACACUGAUCAUUCUUCCUCCUGCGGUGGAAACCGACAGAGCUGCUCAGAUCCACAGAAAUUCAAGCCCCUCCUGACAACUGCUGGAUGACGCCAGAGGCUCCCAAGACCAUCGAAGAUAGUGGUGGCAGAGCCAGCCUCGGAUCCUGAGAUCUUCACUGCAAGCCUGGCCCAAGCUCUUAUUCCUGGCUCUUUUGUGGAUUUAAGGGUCCUCAGUGAAUUCUGUCAUGGUUAUUUAAGGAAUCUUGCCUAGAAAGUCCCCCCAAGCACGCAGCUCCCUGCCGCCGGGAAGGUGUGGACUCCAAGAUGAUCAUAAAGGAAUACCGGAUUCCCCUGCCAAUGACUGUGGAGGAAUACCGCAUUGCCCAGCUGUACAUGAUACAGAAGAAAAGCCGAAAUGAGACUUAUGGACAAGGCAGUGGCGUGGAGAUCCUGGAGAACCGGCCCUACACAGAUGGUCCUGGUGGCUCUGGGCAGUACACCCACAAGGUGUACCAUGUGGGCAUGCACAUCCCUGGCUGGUUCCGCUCCAUCUUGCCCAAGGCAGCCUUGCGGGUGGUGGAAGAGUCCUGGAAUGCCUACCCCUAUACCCGAACCAGGUUCACCUGCCCCUUUGUGGAGAAGUUCUCCAUUGACAUUGAAACCUUUUAUAAGACCGAUACUGGGGAAAACAAUGAUGUGUUCAACCUGUCUCCUGUGGAAAAGAACCAGCUGAUAACAGAUAUCAUUGACAUCGUCAAGGAUCCUGUGCCCCCCAACGAGUAUAAGACAGAAGAAGACCCCAAGCUCUUCCAGUCAGUCAAGACUCAUCGGGGACCUCUCUCUGAAAACUGGAUUGAGGAGUACAAGAAACGGCUCCUCCCCAUCAUGUGUGCCUACAAGCUCUGCAAGGUGGAGUUCCGAUACUGGGGCAUGCAGUCCAAGAUUGAGAGAUUCAUCCAUGACACUGGCCUGCGGCGGGUGAUGGUGCGGGCCCACCGGCAGGCCUGGUGCUGGCAGGAUGAGUGGUACGGGCUAAACAUGGAGAACAUCCGGGCACUGGAGAGGGAGGUACAGCUCAUGCUGUCCCGAAAAAUGGCCCAGUUUUUGGAGGAAGAAGGAACCUCAGAACUCUGCAAGGACAGCACUGCCCAGGACCAGGCAUCUGGAGCAGCCUCUGAACCCAGCAGCAGCAAUGGGGAGCCCCUGGGACGGGGCCUGAAAAAGCAGUGGUCCACCUCCUCCAAGUCCUCAAGGUCCUCCAAGCGAGGAGGUGAGCUAGCCAGCCCCUCCCGACAUAGCAUCUCAGAGUGGAGAAUGCAGAGUAUCGCCAGGGACUCUGAUGAAGGCUCAGAAGAAGAGUUCUUCGAUGCACAAGAGAACCUGUACAACAAGGAGGAAAUAUACCCCCAGGACAUCACUAAGUGGAACUCCAAUGACCUCAUGGACAAAAUGGAGAAUCCAGAGCCUGAGGACCCACAAGAUGGUCUCUAUCACAAGAGUGGCUCUGAGUUCAGGGUGGCCUCCAGCGUGGAGCAGCUGAACAUCAUCGAGGAUGAGGUGAGCCAGCCACUAGCUGCGCCACCCUCCAAGAUUCACGUGCUGCUGCUGGUGCUGCAUGGAGGCACCAUCCUGGACACAGGAGCCGGGGACCCCAGCUCCAAGCAGGGUGACACCAAUACUAUCAGCAACGUGUUCGACACCGUCAUGCGUGUGCACUACCCCAGUGCCCUAGGCCACCUAGCCAUCCGCCUGGUGCCCUGCCCACCCAUCUGUGCUGACGCCUUCGCCCUCGUCUCCAACCUCAGCCCCUACGGCCAUGAUGAGGGCUGUCUGUCUAGCAGCCAGGACCACAUCCCCCUGGCUGCCCUGCCCCUGCUGGCCACUUCCUCACCCCAGUACCAGGAGGCAGUUGCUACAGUGAUUCAGCGGGCCAACCUGGCCUAUGGAGAUUUUAUCAAGUCCCAGGAAGGUGUGACCUUCAACGGGCAGGUCUGCCUGAUUGGAGACUGUGUUGGGGGCAUCCUGGCAUUUGAUGCCUUAUGCUACAGUGGCCAGCCAGUGUCUGAGAGUCAAAGCAGCAGCCGCCGGGGCAGCGUGGUCAGCAUGCAGGACGCUGACCUGCUGUCCCCGGGCAUCCUGGUGAAUGCAGCACACUGCACCGGUGGCGGUGGCGGUGGCGGAGGCAGUGGCGGAGGCUCCAGCCUGGAGAACAGUCGGCACCUGAGCCGCAGCAACAUUGACAUCCCCCGCAGCAAUGGCACUGAAGACUCCAGAAGACAGCUGCCUCGCAAAAGGAGCGAUUCAUCCACCUAUGAGCUGGACACCAUCCAGCAGCACCAGGCCUUCCUGUCCAGCCUCCACGCCAGCGUCCUGAGGAAUGAGCCCAGCUCCCGCCGCUCAAGCAGCUCCACGAUGCUGGACGGUGCUGGGACCCUGGGCAAGUUUGACUUCGAGAUCGCCGACCUCUUCCUCUUCGGGUGCCCACUGGGGCUAGUCCUAGCCUUGAGGAAAACAGUGAUCCCUUCCCUGGACGUUUUCCAGCUGCGGCCAGCAUGUCAGCAAGUGUACAACCUCUUCCACCCUGCGGACCCCUCAGCCUCCCGCCUAGAACCACUACUGGAGCGGCGCUUCCACACGCUGCCACCCUUCAACAUCCCCCGAUACCAACGCUACCCGCUGGGGGACGGCUGCUCCACACUGCUGGUCGAGACCGUGCAGAGAAACCCAGAGCUGGUCCUGGAGGGCGGCCCCCUGGCCCCUCUGCCCCAUGGGGACAGCUUCCUGGAGACCAGUAUCCCUGUUCCCGCGCUCACCUGGCAGGAUGGGCUCCGCCAGAGCCCGGGCUGUGCUGAGUCGGAUGCACUGCAGACCCACAACACAGUCUUCCAAGAGCAUGCAGCCCCUUCAUCACCUGGCACAGCCCCUACCAGCCGUGGCUUCCGCAGAGCCAGUGAGAUCAGCAUUGCCAGUCAGGUGUCCGGCAUGGCCGAGAGCUACACAGCAUCCAGCAUUGCCCAGAAGGGUCCCUCGUUGCUCAGCCACACCCCCAGCAUCAGGCGCCUAUCCUUGCUCGCCCUGCCUCCCCCAUCCCCUACCAUCCAAGGUCCCCGUGCCAGGGCAAGGCAGGCAGGCCCCAACCUGGAGAGGGCCCCCUGCCUCCCUGACUUGGACAUCAGAAAAGUCGCUGCCAAGUGGUGGGGCCAGAAGCGGAUUGACUACGCCCUGUACUGUCCCGAUGCCCUCACGGCUUUCCCCACAGUGGCCCUGCCUCACCUCUUCCACGCCAGCUACUGGGAAUCAACCGAUGUGGUGUCCUUUCUGCUGAGACAGGUCAUGCGGCACGACAGCUCCAGUAUCCUGGAGCUGGACGGCAAGGAGGUGUCAGUGUUCACGCCUUCGCAACCCAGAGAGAAGUGGCAGCGCAAGAGGACCCAUGUGAAGCUGCGGAAUGUAACAGCCAACCACCGGGUCAGUGAUGCAGUUGCCAAUGAGGAUGGCCCACAGGUUGUGACAGGCCGGUUCAUGUACGGGCCCCUGGACAUGGUCACCCUGACCGGGGAGAAGGUGGAUGUGCACAUCAUGAUGCAGCCACCCUCAGGUGAGUGGCUGUACCUAGAUACUCUGGUGACCAACAACAGUGGGCGUGUCUCCUACACCAUUCCAGAGACACACCGCCUGGGGGUGGGCGUCUACCCCAUCAAGAUGGUGGUCAGGGGAGACCACACAUUUGCCGACAGCUACAUCACUGUGCUCCCCAAGGGCACAGAGUUUGUGGUCUUCAGCAUCGAUGGCUCCUUUGCCGCCAGUGUGUCCAUCAUGGGCAGUGACCCCAAGGUGCGCGCCGGGGCUGUGGACGUGGUGCGACACUGGCAGGACCUGGGCUACCUCAUCAUCUACGUGACCGGCCGGCCCGACAUGCAGAAGCAGCGGGUAGUGGCAUGGCUGGCUCAGCACAACUUCCCUCACGGCGUGGUGUCCUUCUGUGACGGCCUGGUGCACGACCCGCUCCGGCACAAGGCCAACUUCCUGAAGCUGCUCAUCUCUGAGCUGCACCUGCGCGCACAUGCAGCCUAUGGCUCCACAAAGGAUGUGGCAGUCUACAACUCCAUCAGCCUGUCCCCCAUGCACAUCUACAUCGUGGGCCGGCCCACCAAGAAGCUGCAGCAGCAGUGCCAGUUUAUCACGGAUGGCUACGCGGCCCACCUGGCCCAGCUCAAGUACAACCAUCGGGCGCGUCCAGCCCGAAACACAGCCACACGUAUGGCCUUGCGCAAGGGCAGCUUCGGCCUACCCGGCCAGGGUGACUUCCUGCGCUCCCGAAACCACCUGCUCCGAACCAUCUCGGCCCAGCCCAGUGGGCCCAGCCAUCGGCAUGAUCGGACACAGAGCCAGAUGGACAGCGAGCAGCGGGGCCAGCGCAGCAUGAGUGUGGCAGCCAGCUGCUGGGGCCGUGCCAUGACGGGCCGCCUUGAACCAGGGGCAGCCACAGGACCCAAGUAGAACACCAUUAGGAGGGACUGUGGUCUCUGUGGUGCUAGGCCAGGGCACCGGCCCCACUGGGAGGCCUGGCCUGGGCACACAUAGGUGGCUGGGAACAAGCACAGACAUGGCCUGAGAGCUUGUCCCAGGGCCCCUUGGAAGACAUGGCCAUGCCAACACAGCCCUCCCAGACUUGCCUCAUGCCCUAGGCUCUAAGGAGCCCAGCUGGUCAUGGAAGCUGGCAGGAUGUCCAGCCCAUGAUGGAAGAGGAACUAGGAUGGGCCACUUAGCCCAGCCUGGGAGGCAUUCCUGGACAUCUUGCCCUGUGUUGAUCUCAUAGCCUCCUGGUGCCAGGCAUGGGUCUAGGCCCAGCCUGCUGCCUCGUCCACUGGCGCCCCUUCCCAUUUGGCAGCAGCUCCAGUUGGGGGGAGGGGCCCAGCCUGCUUCCUGUUGACUCUAGUUCUCAACUGUCCAACCUCACUGGUUUUGCACUGGUUUUUGCGAGUGGAGACCCGUUUCCAUCUCCUGGAUCUAGACAUGUUGACAUGCAUGAAAACCCAGUAUCUGCUGAUCCAGGUCUGUCACCACACAGAACAUUCCGGUGUGGGAAAUCUUCACGCAAGCAGGAGAGAAAGGCCAUAUCUUAAUUUCUGCUGCCUGCCUGGCCCGCCAGCAACCAUGGCAGCCUAACGGCAGUCCCAGACUGCUACUCACUCGUCCACCUGCCCCACCUAGAGCUCAGUGAAGUCCCCGGACUGGUGUCACUCCGGGCCCUGAGCACAGCACAGGAGUGAGGCCAGCAAAACGCAUAGCUGGUUCCUAGUGGCCCACCUCGGGCAGCUGGGCCUGGAGAAGCCUGGCCUCCACCUCCACUCUGGCCUGCCAUGGGCUGGGGACCCGUGCCAUGGCUGAUGCCCACCACGUUUCUACGCCUUUCUACUUCUCCAUCUGGUUUCUAUAAGGCUUUUUUUUUUUUUUUAAACAGGCAAUCUUUGGCUGCUUCCUUUUCUUAACUCAGUGUCAGCGCAGCCUGCUACAUUAGGAACACCCAGCACUGUGACAGGGUCCUACUCAGUCUGGCCUGUGGGCCCUGUACCUGGCCCACCCAGCAAGGUGUGGGCUUCUAGCCUCACCUGACUCACAAUUCCACUGACUUCCUACUCUGGGGCGGGUGGGGCUCUUAGGUUUUCUUAACACCAUUCCGUUUAAUGUUGAAUCCAAGAAGCCACAGCUCUCUUCGUCAGCUUAACGGCAGACAGCCAUUUUAUUUCUCCCCAAACGAAGAUGGGCAUCCUACAGGCUGGGUCUGGGCCCUGCCUUCCCUGCAGCACUGAGCACAAUUCUCCUGCACCUUCCCUGCACUGGCUGAGCCCAUGUAGCUCAGGCCUGCUGUCCAGCGACAGGGCUCUGUGCUUGAGUAGCUGCCUAGCUGGACUCAGACUCAGGGCCAUGUGGCUGGACUGAGUAGGUGUACAGGAGACGCUGACUUUGGUGUGCGGUUCCAUCCUGGCAGGCCUACACAGAAAGCAAGCUAUUUAUUUUGUGCAGAGGGAGAAAAAAAAGUCUGGAGGGGUGAGACCUUCAGGGUCUUCCCUUUAAGGUGUAGCUUUGUGUUGUUUCCAGCGUUCUGUAUAAAGCAGUGGUUACUUUAUGGACCAAGAUUCCAUGGAGCUGUCACAGUGAAAGUGCAAUAUCUGCCCCACCGCUCCCCACCCCUACAGGAAGCUGCUGGCCCGACAAUCACUGCCCCACUAGGGGUCCCAGUGGCCAGUGCCUCCUCCCUCAGCCUGACCUGACCUGUCUUGCCUCAGCCUAGGUGACCAGCCAUUGGGAGAAGCACCUGGAAGCCUCAGGCCACCUGCAAUAAAGACCAGGGAGGUCCUGGGGUCAGUGGGCUUGAUCUCUACCCUGGGUAGCCCUCUGUGGCUCUGAAUGCCCUUCUCUGCCCAGCCGCCAGCCAUGCCAAGGACAACAGCAAUAGUCCCCUGGGGCUCUCCCAGGGCCCUCAGCCAUAGAUGGUGAGACGGGCAGCCUCCCCCAAAACCUCGCUCAAGUCUGCUUUUUGCCUCCCUUAAGAUUUCCUUUGACUCAUUCUCUUGAGGAAGCCCACUUUUACAGAAACUAAGAGAGGAAGGUCAAAGUCCUUUAAAAAUACCAAAAAAUGUUUACAGUGUCGGGCGCUGGGCUGUAGAGCUCAGGCCUGGCCAUUCGUAACCAAAGGGUGAGGCAGACCUUGCUGACUGCCACCCGCCCCAGGCCUGUUAGAGUAGAAGCCUUAGUCCCCCCCAUCCCCUGUCCCCAUGACUAAGCCUUGAUGCCACCCAGCACCAACCACCUGCCUUCUCUUUGAUUUCUAAAGAAGGAUUUAGCAAAGACCCCUAUUCCCAUCCUGGCUCUGUGUGAGCUGCCCCACUGCCCCACCCUUCUUCACAUCUCAGCCCCCUCCCACGUGUCCUUGAACCGUUUGUUUCUCUGGCCCAUGUGUGAACCCUGUCCUGACCCCACCCCAUGCUGUCCCUGCAUCGUCUGGCCUGAGUGUGCUCUCUGUAUACUGUGUCACAGUCUGUUACACCAAUUAAAGAAGCAGGAGGCUUC